AUGGCUUCAUCGUUCGAGCCGUCACUAUCUACGAGUGGUAUGCGUCCUCCCUUAGCCUCGGCAGAUGCCCCAUCCAUGGCCGACUCGUUGCCCAGCAUCAACUUUGGAUUCGAAGACUUGCGCAAUCGCAUGGCUCAGUUCACUGCAAAAUUUGAUGCAUUUAUCGAACGAGGUCGUAAGCAAGUCCUGGAGGAAAGGAAUCAAUUUCAUAUCAAUCUCGCUGAGUUACAAGAGGACGAACGAAUGCGACAACGAGACAUUGAAAUCCUCAACCUGAAGAACCAGACACACGAUCAAACUCUUCAGAAGGAGGCUGCCGAGGCCGCCGAGAUGCACGCGGCCAUCUCUUUCAUCACUCUGGAACGCGACUCGCGACUCGCCAAACGUGAUCGCCUCAAGCAGCAGAUUGCGGAGACUCAGAGAGCGAUCAGUCAGAAGGUCGAGGCACAGAAAAUACACGCAAAACACUUGGACGCGCAAUCUCGACUCAAUUAUCCCGAAUUGGAGUUUUGGCAGGACUACCUUUGUUUACGGAUUGAGGGGGCAGGCCGAGAGGACCGGUUGAAAUUCGUUUACACUCACCUACUGGAGAAAGACUGGGAAGCCGAAGCCUGGUUUGAACUAGGAACUGCCAGUCGAGAUUACGAAGUCUUCCACACGCGACCCAAGGUGGACCAAGAUGCGUUGGAGCGUGAGGUGGACCUGGUCAAUGACGACCGCGAUUUUGGGGCGUUUCUCAAGCGAAUGCGCAAAUUGUUCAUGGAAACGAUGAGCUGA